GUUAUUGGUCAGAGCGGGCGCUAGCUGAGAGAGGGAGAGGACAACGAGGCAGUUAUCUCAGUAGAAACCUUCGAAGACUUUUUGUGCCUUCCUAGAUUUUAACUGCUGUUUUUCUUGAAUCCACCGACGAAGCCAGGAUGUAGGACGCUCGCUCGUUUUUGUUGUUUGAUUUUGCUCUUGUCGCCGCUGUUGCCUUUCAUCGUGCGGAAUCGCGGCCCCGCCAAUGAGAGGGCUGCCUUCGUAAUUUCAUCACUCUGGCAGCAAGAACUGCCCAGGAUGCGGCGGCCGACGGAAUAUCUUGGUGUCAUUUUGGGGUUCCAACUUGGGCUUACCACCGUUUCUGCCCUGGGCCCGGUCAUUCAAGUUCUGGAAAAGCUGCAGACCGACCUGGCAGAAGAGCACAAAGAAAAGACGUCAUACUUCGAGGAGCUCUUGCAGAACUGCAAAGCUGACGUCGAUUCAGAAACGGCUGUGGUUGAGUCCUCCAAAAACCAGGUCGACACCUUGAAGAGCAGCCUGGCCACUUUCCAAGGUCGCAUCGGCACCGAACAGGACGCCCUCUCGAGCCUGGGAGAGGACGUCACGAGUCAGGAGGCCGAGAUCGGCAAAUUGAAAAAGCAGAAGCAAACGAGGAAGACCGAGUUUAUCGCCGCCCGGGAGUCUCUGACCAAGACUUUGCUUGCGUUGGAGCGCGCUGCUCGGGAGUUCAAUGACGGAAAGAAAGCCGAAGCAGAGAAGGAUGCGGGCGUCCUCGACGGAGCCGCGCAAAAGUCCGCCGCUAAUGCACCCCUAGGCACUAUGAUCGAACAGAUGUCGCAGAGCACGCGGGAAAAGUUGCAGAAGCUGAUCCAAAGUCACAAGCAGGAAUCGGAAAAAGUGCAAGACUUGGAGCGGAGUGUGGAGCAAGCGUUGCUGCAAACGCAGGACGACAUGACGGAAAAAAAGGAGACGGUGGAGACACUGCAGGUCGACGCCGGGCGGGCCACGCGGGAGCUCGCGAAGAGCAAGGAGGCUCUGAAAGCCGCGACCGCAUCGUUGAAGGAUGAGCACGUGGCCUGCGCAGACCACGCAAAGGAGAAGGAAUUCGUGCUGAACGCUCUGGCGGCGCAGUUGGAGAACGUGAAAGUGGCACUAGACAGCUUGCAGAAAGGGAAGGCAGAGGUUGAGGAAAUCAAAAAGAAUAAACCAGUUGAGGGGGAGAAGGAAGCGAAAGGAGAACAAACUAAGGCAAAACCUGCAGUCGAAAAAGAGCAAAAGGAGGACGCUGCAGAGGCAGAAGCCGCGGAUGAGGCGGAAGAGACCUCCGAGAAAGUGGAUAGUGGUGCGGCACAAGAACAAGCGGAGAAAGAGAAAUCUCCUACAGCAGGAGAGCAGAAAAGCGCACAGGACGACAAGACCGAGGCUGACGCUGCGGCGCAGGAAGAUGAAGAUGCGGACCAAGAGUCCGAUCCGGAUGAUGCGUCGAUAGUGGAAGAACCGGCGAAAAGACAAACCUCUUUCCUGCAGCAGCGCAGCCAGUCCUCGACUUUGGCAGCAACCUCGAACAAUAGAAAGCUCGUUCUUUCCUCGCGCCAGCUCCGCUUGCAGCAGGCGUCUUUGUACCUGAAAAAAGUGUCCCCGCAGCUUGCUUCGCUUGUGCAAGCGAACGUCAAUUUUGCGAGCAAAGACAGUCCCUUCGAUAAAGUUACCGCCAUGAUCAAACAGAUGAUCACGAAAUUGGAGCAGCAGCAGGCCGAGGACCAAAGCCAGGACGACUACUGCAAGCAAAGCUUCGCCAAAGCCGAAGCGAAGAAGAAGAAGCUGGAAAAGGAGGUAGCGAAAUUCAAGGAACGCAUGGAAACCACAGAAAGCUUAGUAGAGCAGCAGAAUGUUUCUGCGAAGAAAACCGCGAAGGACUUGCUAUUGGUACAAGAAGAGCAGAAAAAAGACGCUGCGCUACGAACUUCCGGAAAAGCGGAAAAUGAAAAGAUCUUGGCGGAAACAACCGCCCACGAGAAAGCACUGGCCGGUGCCGUCGCUGCUAUGGAAGGUCAAUCCGGCAGUAGUGGAGCAGCUCCUGCGCCGUCUUUCUUGCAAAUUGGGACGAUGAUGAAGACUGUUGUAACAAGAAAAUUGUCCUCUGCGGCGACCACACAGACCGGCACGACCAAUAAAGGCAACACGGCCAAUGGCUCUGUCCUGGAACUUCUGCGCCACCUGCACGCGGAAGCAGAGGAUUUGCUGCGGAGCACGGCGAAAGAGGAAAAAAUUGCGGCCGCACAAUUUACGGAGCUGACGAACAAGCGAAAGGUGGAAACUGCGGUGCUGCAGAAAAAGGAGGAGAUGACGGAGUUGGAAAAGCAGCGACUGAAAACGCAGCUGUUGCAGCAGAAGGAAGACGUACGGUUGACGGAGGACGAACUCAGCGCGGUUGUCGAAGGAAUUGCAAACUUGAAAGACCAGUGCACGCCCAAGACGCUGACGCCGGAGGAGAAGCAGGCGCGCCGUCAGGAAACAUUGGAUUCGUUGAAGGAGGCACUAGAGAUUUUAGAAGGGGAGGAAUAACUUUUUUCCAAAUUGCUUUGCUAGUUGAUUCCAAAGCCGGACAAUAGAUACACGUGUUUUCCUAGUGUCACCGAUGCUUUAGACCUUACCAGAUGAAGCUGAAAGUCGCUGCAGCUGUCGGUUGCAACAUGUACCGACGCACUUUACGUCUGCCUGUUCAUCCUCUACUGUGGACUAAUGGACACGGUACCUAAUGUCGCAAGCCAUCAUUUUUUCGCAAACCUUGAUCUCUCCACUAGAGCCGCUGUUUCGAAGCUUUUCUGCC